AUGGGUGAAGAAGUUAUAGAAUCAUAUUGUAAUAAAGAAUUAGGUCCAUUACCUGUUAAACCUCCAACAUUACCAAAAAAUGUAAUGGAUAUGUUUUCAUUAAAAGGUAAAGUUGCUAGUGUUACUGGAAGUUCAGGUGGUAUUGGUUGGGCUGUUGCCGAAGCUUAUGCUCAAGCAGGUGCUGAUGUUUGUAUAUGGUAUAAUUCCCACCCAGCAGACGAAAAAGCUGAAUAUUUACAAAAAACUUAUGGUAUUAAAUCAAAAGCUUAUAAAUGUAAUAUUUCAUCGUCAGAAUCAGUUGAAUCUACAAUUUUACAACAACAAAAAGAUUUUGGUAAAAUUGAUAUUUUUGUUGCAAAUGCUGGUGUUGCAUGGACUGAAGGUCCAGAAAUUGAAGUUGUUGGAUAUGAAUCAUGGGAAAAAGUUAUUGAUUGUGAUUUAAAUGGUGUUUAUUAUUGUGCUCAUACAUUAGGUAAAAUAUUUAGAGAACAAGGUUCUGGUUCAUUUAUUAUAACUGCAUCAAUGUCUGGUGUUAUUGUUAAUAUUCCACAAUUACAAGCUGCUUAUAAUGCCGCAAAAGCUGGUUGUAUUCAUUUAGCUAAAUCAUUAGCUGUUGAAUGGGGUCAUUUUGCAAGAGUUAAUUCAGUUUCUCCAGGUUAUAUUGCAACUGAAAUUUCAGAUUUUGUACCAAAAGAUAUAAAAGCUAAAUGGUGGCAAAUGACCCCACUAGGAAGAGAAGCUUUACCUGAAGAAUUAGUCGGAGCUUAUUUAUAUUUAGCAUCAAAUGCUUCAACUUAUACUACUGGUGCUAAUUUAUUAGUAGAUGGAGGUUACACAUUACCAUAG